AUGAGUGAACAGAAUGCUGAAGAGACUGGAGGAGACUACCAAGACACUCCCAGUCUCCCAGCAAUAACUUCACAACAGAGUGAACUGAUGAAACAAGCUUCUCAAGACUUUGAGAAGAAAAACUAUGCAGCAUGUGUGAGCAAUAUGUCAAAAUUAGCAUCUCAAAGAUCAACUGAUCCUAAAGUAGUCCAUAACAAAGGUGUGGCUGAAUUCUACAAUAGUCAAAUGAAAAAUAAAGAUGAUUUUCAAAAAAGUUUGCAAAAUGUCUGUCGCAUGAUGUCUAGUGAUGUUAAUGACACAUUAGAAGAUGUAGAUCAAGCUGUUAUAUUCUAUAACCAAGCUGUACUACUAUACCACCUUAGACAAUAUAAAGCUGCUCUCAAUAUCAUGGAUAAGAUAGCUCCAGUCUUAGAACAUUUAGAAGAAAAUUUAUCAAAGAAGAGUAUCCUAUUGAUGGUUGAGCUGUAUCUGUCUACAUAUCAGCCAGAGAAAGCUAUGAACAGAGUUUCAUAUUUUGAGAAAACAUACUGUAAUAAAUCAAACCAAGCACAAGGAGGAUCUGAGAAGGGAAAUAACUCUGAUAAACCAGACCCUAACCUAGAUUCACUUAGAAAUAAAAUAAGUGUGUAUAAAACUAGGUGCUUAUUGAUGUUAAAAUCAUUAAAAAACAGUAAAAAAGAACUGAAAUCAUUACCAGCAAGUCAUCAGCCUCUAUCAGGUUUAUAUUUAAAAUGUUAUCAAGAUUAUUUAAGUGGUUAUUAUAAGAGAACUCUGAAAACAUUAAGUUUGAGUCCACAAACAUCAGCUGUCAAUGAUCGCGGUGACUGUAUAAGCGUGAUGUACAAUAAUAAUCUGGCUUGUUUACAUUUCCAUCUUCGUAAACAUCAUCUUGGUGCCUUUCAUCUACGUAAAGCUUUACAGGAAAAUGAAAAUGCCAUUAAAGACCCUAAGAUUUCUGAUAAAGAUCGUCCAUUAUACCUGAUGGGUAUGAGUCGACAUUAUGAGUUACUAUAUAAUAUGGGUAUUCAGUUAUUACACUGUGGUCAGUCACAACCAGCGUUUGAUUGUUUAUUACAAGCUGUACAAGUUUAUCAAACUAACCCUAGAUUAUGGUUACGUUUAGCAGAAUGUUGUAUUCAAUUUAACAGAGAGAACAAUGAAGACGAUAGGAAACUUGAAAAGAGAUUAGAGGUUAUACAGAAUUCUGUUGGAAUGGGAAUACAUAGAAAACUUAUACUAGGUCCUGGAUUAAAACACAAUAUUACAAGUUCAGGAAAUUCAGCCAUCCCAGCACCAACAAUUGAAUUUGCAUCGUUGUGUAUUCGUAAUGCAUUGUUUUUAUUACCGGAUGAUCCAUUAGAUAAAGAUCCUCUACCAACUUCUGACCAAUCUGAUCCUAGCAAAGUUCAAGUUGAUCAGAUGAUGGUACCAGCACCACCUGGUAAUCCUAUGAGACCUCUAGAUGUCGCUUAUUUAAGAUGCAGUAUACUGUGUUCAGCUGCCUAUAUUUCAUUAUGUUUAAAUGAUCAUUUAAUGGCUUUAAAUCACGCUAAAAACUUGUUACGCCAAACCAAAAUUUCAGGUGCUCAGAGAUAUUUAGGUAAUUUAUAUAUGGCUGAAGCUCUAGUUGUGUUAGAUCGUAUCUCUGAUGCUGUGAACCAUCUCCAACCUGAUCUGAUCAAAUCUGACAUUAAUAUUCUACCUCCAGAAGAAAAAGUUGAAAAGACUGAUAAAGAGAAGGACAAAGAAGAACCAGCCGAUGAAAAAGGGCCUUUAUACCAAUGGAAUCCAAAAGAAUUAAGUCAAGCUAAAGGAAUAAUGAACUAUAAUCUAGCUGCUGUUUAUGCUAUAAGAGGAGAUUUUAAUAAAGCACAUAGUCAUUUAUCAGAUGUAAUUUGA